UGUAGUAGUAGAACUUGCUUUAAGAAAGUUCUUGCCUCUUACAAUUUUAAUUUGUUUCUCUUAGAAAUAGAGAAAUUAAGAGGUAGAGGUGAUGGCAUUAAUAAUAAGAUGGCUUCUCCAUUCAGCUUGCAACAUUUUAGGGUACCCUAGAGAAGAUAAAAUUGAAGGUUACCCAAAUGGAGAAGUGAAGAAGAAGUGCUUGAACAAUUUGAAAGAGGUUAGUGAUGAAAACUCUUCUUCUUCUUAUGAGUUUCAAAUGCCUCUUCACUAUCCACGUUAUACCAAAGUUGAUUAUGAGAAGAUGGAAGAGUGGAAGGUGGAAUUGCUUCUUAAGGAGUAUGGAUUAAGUUUCAAGGGUAGUCUUGAUGAGAAGAGAAGUUUUGCAAUGGGAGCAUUCUUGUGGCCUGAUCAAUAUUAAGUUUCAAUAGUGAAUUACCAAUCUAUCUAUAAUCUAUAAUAUAAUAUAAUAUAAUGAUAAUUACCAAUCUAUCUAUCUAUAAGUUUCAAGUUUUGUACUUGAUCGUGGUAUUUAAGUAUGAUACAUAGAUAUAUUAGAUUAAUAGUAAAGUGAAGGAGCAUAUGUAUAGCUCUCUAGUAAUAUUGGUAAUGUCACAAUGAAUAUCUAUAUGUCUUCUAAUUUAUAUAAAAAAAAAUGUAUGUUGGAGCU